CCUAAUUGAUGACUCAGCCAGAAUGCCCGACUGUAUCCAAAAGGGGAACGCCGAAUGGGCUGAACGGCGGACAGAUCACCGUACCCAGCCAAUCGACGCCGGCGCUGGGUUCUUCCACCGCCGCGGCUGAAGCCUGAGGCCAAAUUUAAGGGCUUGGUGGACGGCUGCUCCAGGCGCCAGCUAAACUUUCUCCAGGUUUCAUCUUGGGUGUUGCUCUACUCUCUUUCCACAGCCUCAACAUUGCACAGGAACAUGCGCCAAAACACCAUUCUAUAGGUUACGCGCCUCUGCAAGGCGAACACUGCGGCUGGUCGAUUGAAUAGCAAACAGUCUUCAAGACGGGCUUUAACCAAGAACGCUUUUGGUUUUGCUGUCUAACGUCUUAGCACAACCACAAGUCAUAAUUUCCAGGCGGAAAAGAAAAGACUAUCCGAAUGCUGUCAUGAUCUCCAAUAAAUUGCGCAAAUGGUCCAGGAAUGCCGUCGUUGGUCUCUGUUCCGUAUUGCUGCUAUUUGCGGCUUACCUGCAUUAUGACUAUGAUGCGUGGUACCUGUCCUCGGGUGACCGGGCCCUUGCCCAGAUGAACUUUGCACACCUCGAACUACCGACGCCACAAGCAAUCGCGGGUCGAGCAAACGCGACUCUCAUAUCGCUAGUCCGGAACGAGGAAUUGAAAGGCAUAAUUUCGUCAAUGAGGCAGUUGGAACGCUCAUGGAAUUCGAAGUACAACUAUCCCUGGAUAUUUUUUAAUGAUGUACCUUUUACCGAAGAGUUCAAGGAGCGGACACAGGCCGAGACCAGCGCCGAAUGCCACUACGCAUUGAUUCCGAAGGAACACUGGGAGAUACCUGAAUGGAUAGAUGACGACCUGCUGAAGCAGGCAAUACAAAGACAACAGAGCCAAAAGAUUAAAUACGCCAAGUCAUUGAGUUACCACCAAAUGUGUCGGUGGAACUCGGGGUUCUUCUACAGGCAUCCAAUCCUUGACAACUACAAGUAUUACUGGCGGGUUGAGCCCGAUGUCAAAUAUUUCUGCGACAUCAACUACGAUCUGUUCCAAUUCAUGGCCGACCACAACAAAGUUUAUGGUUUUACGAUCAAUAUUUUCGAUGACCCUGCAUCAGUAGAAACGCUAUGGCCCCAGUCAAUGGCAUUUUUGGAGGAGCAUCCUGACUACCUGAGUGCCGAUAACUCCAUGACAUGGCUGACUGACAAUACCCUGCGCCCGGAGAACACCCUUGCGGCUAAUGGAUACAGCACUUGCCAUUUCUGGAGUAAUUUUGAAAUCGCAGAUCUUGAUUUCUGGCGCAGCGAAAAAUAUCAGCAGUACUUCGACCAUCUUGAUAAGGCAGGCGGUUUCUUCUAUGAACGGUGGGGAGAUGCCCCCGUGCACAGUGUUGCCCUUGGUCUUUUUGCGGAUAACUCUCAGAUUCAUUGGUUCCGAGACGUCGGCUACGAGCAUCCUCCAUAUAUCAAUUGCCCAAGUUCACCAAAUUGCCAAAACUGCCAACCGAAUAUUUUCACCCACGACUGGGUGUUACAGGAAGAUUGUCGUUUGACAUGGUUCAAACAACUUUGCGAAAGCCGGGCUCGGCAUGGCGGCAUGGGACCCGAGGAAAAUGAGAUAUGCCGUCAAUCAAUGAAUCUUUCAUCAUACAUCACUUGAUAAAACAUUUGUUCGUGUUUAUAAUAGCAUAGGGCUGGCGUUGGAGGUGCUAUGUUUGCUGCAGUUGGAUUAUUGAUAAACGGAACAGCAUUGGCUGUUGUAGGGUCACUAUAUAGUCAUAGAAUUACACGUCAGGUUAUUUCCAACUCCUAUGCAAGGGUAACUUGAGUGUCUGGUGAUUGGCUGGCUCAUCUCGACCAAUUUAAAAAUCGUUAUUUUGUCAAAAUGUUCACUAAUCCACAAAUUCAGC